GCUGCACUUUUCAGUCUCCCUUCAGUUGAGCUGAACUCCAGAGCAGCGCUGUUCCCCAAACUCUGUCCUGGGGAGGUUUGAAACCCACAGCACCGCGCUUCGACAUGACUUCAGCGUCCGGUUCCUGUCCCGUUUAGAGGAUUUACACGUUUCUUACCCGUUUAUGUUUGUAGAAUAACUUUCUGAGCUGCAGAACCCGCGGGGAACACAGUGUGUGGUAGUGGAGCGUUGCUUACCAUGAAGCUUGCACUCCUCCUGCCUUGGCUUCUCCUAACUUUGUGGCUUUGCAUUGAGUGUGUGUGUGGCAGCACGGAGUGUUCAUGUGGGAAGAAUCAUUUCACAUGUGCGGUGAGUGUGUUUGGUGAGUGCACCUGCAUCCCAGCGCAGUGGCAGUGCGAUGGAGACAACGACUGCGGAGACCACAGUGACGAGGACGGAUGCAUGCUUCCCACUUGCUCUCCUCUGGACUUCCACUGUGACAACGGGAAGUGUAUCCGCCGCUCGUGGGUGUGCGACGGAGACAACGACUGCGAGGACGAUUCAGAUGAGCAGGACUGCCCUCCUCGGGAAUGCGAGGAGGACGAGUUUCACUGUCAGAAUGGUUACUGCAUCCGCAGCCUGUGGCACUGCGAUGGAGACAACGACUGUGGAGACAACAGUGAUGAACAAUGCGACCUAAGGAAGUGUUCCGAUAAGGAAUUCCGCUGCUCGGAUGGGAGCUGUAUAGCUGAGCACUGGUACUGUGACGGAGACACUGACUGUAAAGACGGAACGGACGAGGAGAACUGCCCCGCAGACGUCAUGGCUGCUACGUGCAGUGUGGAAGAGUUCCAGUGUGCGUACGGUCGCUGCAUCCUGGACAUUUACCACUGCGAUGGAGACGAUGACUGUGGAGACUGGUCCGAUGAGUCUGACUGCUCCUCUCACCAGCCGUGCCGUACAGCAGAGUUCAUGUGUAACAGUGGGAUGUGCGUCAACGCUGGAUGGCGAUGUGAUGGAGAGUACGACUGUGAUGACCAAUCAGACGAGAACAACUGCACGGUACCUGUUUGUAUGGCUGAACAGUUCCGUUGUGCGUCCGGUCGCUGUGUGCGGUUGUCAUGGAGAUGUGAUGGUGAAGAUGACUGCACUGAUGGCAGCGAUGAAGAGGGCUGUGACAAAAAUGGUUCGGUUCCUUCCUGUGCAUCAGAUCAGUUCCAGUGUGGAAACGGUCGCUGCAUCGGCCAGCGCAAGGUGUGUAACGAUGUCAACGACUGUGGGGACGGAACCGACGAACAUCCGCACCAGGAAUGUCGACCCCGCUCUACCGAGGGGAACUGUAAUGUAGGGAACGGCGGCUGCUCUCAGAAGUGUCAGAUGUCUCGAGGUUUGGUUCAGUGCAGCUGCCACACGGGCUACAGACUGAGAGAGGACGGCAAAAUCUGCCAAGAUGUGGAUGAGUGUGCUGAGGAAGGUUACUGCAGUCAGGGCUGUACCAACACAGAGGGGGGCUUCCACUGCUGGUGUGUUCAGGGUUACGAACUCCGACCUGACAAACGCAGCUGCAAAGCUCUGGGCCCAGAGCCGGUGCUGUUGUUUGCGAAUCGGAUCGAUAUCCGUCAAGUUCUGCCUCACCGCUCCGAGUACACGCUGCUGCUGAACAACCUGGAGAAUGCCAUCGCGCUCGACUUCCACCACAACAGGGAGCUGGUGUUCUGGUCCGACGUCACGCUCGACCGCAUCAUGAAGGCCAACCUGAACGGCAGCAACGUGGAGGAGGUGGUGUCCACUGGCCUCGAGAGUCCAGGGGGUCUGGCAAUAGACUGGAUCCACGAUAAGCUCUACUGGACCGACUCGGGGACGUCACGCAUCGAGGUCGCCAACCUUGACGGCUCACACCGUAAAGUGCUGAUCUGGGAGAGCAUGGAGAAACCCCGCGCUAUUGCCCUGCACCCCAUCGAAGGGAAGAUUUACUGGACGGACUGGGGAAACACGCCUCGGAUCGAGUAUGCCAACAUGGACGGCUCGGGACGCAAAAUCAUCGCCGAUACCAACCUGUUCUGGCCCAACGGACUCACCAUCGAUUAUGCCGGCCACCGCAUGUACUGGGUGGACGCCAAGCACCACGUGAUCGAGAGAGCUGACCUGGACGGGAAAAACCGCAAAGCCGUCAUCAGCCAGGGCCUCCCACACCCGUUUGCCAUCACGGUGUUUGAGGACAGUUUGUACUGGACCGACUGGCACACCAAGAGCAUCAACAGCGCCAAUAAGUUCACUGGAAAGAACCAGGAAAUCAUUCGCAACAAACUGCACUUUCCUAUGGACAUCCACACGUUGCACCCGCAGAGGCAACCCGCAGGAGGACGUAAUCGAUGUGGCUCUAAUAACGGCGGCUGUAGUCACCUGUGUCUCCCGAGCAACAAGGCGUAUUCUUGCGCCUGUCCCACCGGCUUCAGGAAAGUGGACCAGCACAACUGUGCCCUGAGUCUUGACAAGUUCCUGCUUUUUGCCCGAAGGACGGACAUCCGUCGCAUCAGCUUCGACACCGACGACAAAUCGGACGUCGUCGUCCGGCUGGCAGAUGUCCGUAACGCCGUGGCACUCGACUGGGACGGCAAGGAUGAAAAAAUUUACUGGACCGACGUCACCACCGAUUCCAUCAACCGCGCUCUGUGGAACGGAUCGGAACAGGAAGUUGUGGUGGACACCAGUCUGGAAAGUCCAGCUGGCCUCGCUAUUGACUGGCUUACACACAAACUCUACUGGACUGAUGCAGGUACAGAUCGAAUCGAGGUGUCCAAUGCGGACGGCAGCAUGCGCACCGUGCUUAUUUGGGAAAAUCUCGAUCGGCCUCGAGAUAUUGUGGUGGAUCCUAUCGGAGGAUUCAUGUACUGGACAGAUUGGGGGGCGAAUCCUAAAAUUGAGCGUGCCGGGAUGGACGCGUCCGAUCGCAUGGUUAUUAUCUCCACCAAUCUGACGUGGCCUAACGGAUUAGCCAUCGAUUACGAAACCCAGAGGCUUUACUGGGCCGACGCCGGCAUGAAGACCAUCGAGUUCGGGAACUUUGACGGUUCAGGCAGACAGGUGCUGAUUGGCAGCCAGCUUCCCCACCCGUUUGGCCUCACGCUACACGGGGAUAAGAUCUACUGGACAGACUGGCAGUCCAAGAGCAUCGAAAGUGCUGACAAAUUGACCGGUUUUGGGCGAAGCACAUUAGCAGACAAUCUGGAAAACCUCAUGGACAUCCACAUGUUCCACAGACACAGAGAAGCAGUCCAGACCACAUGUUUGGUGAAUAACGGCGGCUGUAGCCAUCUGUGUUUAUUGGCUCCUUCUCCUAAAGGCUCCAGCUGUGCUUGUCCUACUGGAAUAAACCUACAGGUGGAUGGAAAAACCUGCACUCCAGGGAUGAACAGUUUCCUGGUCUUUGCCCGGAGAACAGAUAUCCGGAUGGUUUCGCUCGACAUCCCAUAUUUCGCCGACGUGGUCUUGGCUGUCAACGGAUCCAUGAAAAACACCAUCGCCAUCGGAGUGGAUUCCAAAGAGGGUAAAGUGUAUUGGUCAGACAGCACUCUAAAGAAGAUCAGCAGAGCCAACUUAAACAGCUCAGGCCAUGAGGAUGUCAUUUCCACCGGCCUGAUGACGACUGAUGGUCUUGCUGUGGACGCGGUAGGAAGAAAAAUCUACUGGACUGACACGGGAACAAACCGCAUUGAGGUGGCCAAUCUGAACGGCUCCAUGCGCAAGGUUCUGGUGUGGAGAAACCUGGACAGCCCCCGAGCCAUCGCUCUGUAUCACGAAAUGGGCUACAUGUACUGGACAGACUGGGGUGAACACGCCAAGUUGGAGCGAGCAGCGAUGGACGGAUCCGACCGUGUGGUUCUGAUCAAUAAUAACCUGGGCUGGCCAAAUGGACUCGCCAUAGACAAGGCCGGGUCACAGUUACUCUGGGCCGACGCCCACACAGAGCGAAUCGAAGCAGCGGAUCUGAGUGGGUCAAACCGCAGGACGCUGGUUUCUCCAGUUCAACACCCAUACGGACUUACGCUGCUCGGGCCGCACAUUUACUGGACCGACUGGCAAAGUCGCAGCAUCCAGAGAGCGGACAAAAACACGGGAGACAACAUCAUCACUGUCCGAUCCAACCUCCCUGGACUCAUGGACAUCCAAGCCAUAGACAGAGACAGACCCCUGGGUUUUAACCGUUGUGGUCGGAAUAAUGGCGGCUGUACCCACCUGUGUCUGCCACGCCCGAAUGGCACGUCAUGCGCCUGUCCCACAGGCAUCGUACUGAAGAGUGACGACAGGUCGUGCGACGAUGUUCCCGAGUCUUACCUGCUGUUCUCGAACCGCGUCAGCGUGCGCCGCAUCUCUCUGGACACCAGCGACCACACUGAUGUCCACGUGCCCGUCCCUGAACUCCACAACGUCAUCUCGCUUGACUACGACAGCAUCCAGGGCAAACUCUACUACACCGACGUCUCCCUGGACGUCAUCAGGCGUGUGAAUUUGGACGGGAGUGGGAUGGAGACAGUGAUCAGUCAGGGUCUGAAGACUACAGACGGCCUGGCCGUCGAUUGGGUGGCCAGAAACAUGUACUGGACUGAUACGGGUCGGAACACCAUUGAGGUUUCCAGAUUGGAUGGAUCAGCGCGAAAAAUAUUGAUCAACAACAGCCUGGAUGAGCCGAGAGCCAUCGCUGUGUUCCCCAGUAAAGGGUAUUUGUUCUGGACAGACUGGGGUCAUAUUGCUAAAAUUGAGCGCGCCAACUUGGACGGAUCAGACCGCAAAGUUUUGAUCAACACAGACCUCGGCUGGCCAAACGGACUCACGCUCGAUUAUGACACACGCAGGAUCUUCUGGGUGGACGCACACCUGGACCGCAUCGAAAGUUCAGACCUGAGCGGCAAACUACGCCAAGUCCUGGUCACUCCCGUGUCUCAUCCGUUCGCUCUCACUCAGCAAGACCGCUGGAUCUAUUGGACAGACUGGCAAACCAAAUCCAUCCAAAGGGUGGAUAA